AAAUGAAAUGUAUUCAACGCGAUAGAAGCGUCGAGAGUACGAUAGAAUUCUCGUAGCGCAUGCAGUUGAUGAGAAAAAAAGAAUAGAGGGAAAUAUUGGAAGUGAGAAACAAAGCGCGUAUUGCUUACCCAUGACCGUUGUAAUCAUGACGAUCACCACCAGAGCGGUAGUCAUUUCCAUGUCCACCGCGGCCGCCGCCGCGAGAGCUGUAGCCACCACCGCCGUAAGACAUAGUGCUGUUGAUGGGUGUAGAAGUUUGUUGGUAGUUGUGUUGUUGUUGUUCGAAGUCGGGAGUAGUGAGGCAGAUAUGCACACAAGUCCAGUCAAGUACAGCGCGCGAUCGGAAGUAUUAAGCAGCAGGGCAAUCGAGUUCAGAGCCUCUGUAAGCUGCGACGAAGGUAUACAGGACUGCGGCCUGGGAAAAUGAGCGGGGUGCGAGACACGAGAUAGAGUGCUCGAUGGGAGAUGGUGAGAUGGUAG